UUUUAUUUUUUUAAAUUUUUUUUUCAAGCCGUCCAAAAAAAAAAUUGAUAUGUAGAGCUACCAAACAAAAAAAAAUUAUUGACGACGGGAUUUUUUUUUUCUUUAAUAAACUAUCUACUUCAAUUAUAACGUAGAUCGCUUUUCACGACGUUUUUUAAAAUCAAUUGGCACUGUCAUUCUUUUUUAUUAUUUUCCUAUUAUACCUGUAUAAUACUUCUCAAUACCUACUUGUUCAUCCAAAACUUUCUACACUUCCCCCUCCAGGAUUCAAAGCUGUGCGUCGGAUCUCGUGGGUCGUUUUGUGUGUACAAGUAAAAGAGAGGGUAUUAUUCAUUGACUUUACCAACUCGCGACACAAACCUACUACAUCUAUUUGACCCUACCUUCCCCAAUUGGCCCAUAAUGCCGGAGGCACCCGAGUCUACUGCUCAGCAGUCCGGCCAGGAAGCCAAGACCCUAAAUGGACAAAUCGAACAGACUGAACAGACUGAACAGACUGAGGUUUCUAAAACUGGGUCCAAUGAGCAAGCUGCCGAGCAAGCUGCUGAAGAAGAAGAUGCUGGUGAAGUUGAAGAUGCCUUGUAUCCUCUAACUAUUCAUCUUCCUCAUGAGCCAACAAAGAUUCAUGUUAUGGUCUCGCCCCAAGAACAGGUCCACGAGUUGCGUCAGUCUGUAAUCGAGAUACCUGCCGCAUUUCAAUACUCCUGCUUCCACCUCGAGCAUGCCGGUGAACGUAUCAAUGACUUUGUCCAAAUCUCUGACGUAAAGGGACUUGGCCCAGAAGCCGAGAUACGCUUGGUAGAAGACCCCUAUACCGAAAAGGAGGCUAGAAUACAUGUCAUCCGAAUUCGUGACUUGGUGGGCGCCGCAGGAGAUCGGACUGAUACUCUGCAAGGGGUCUUGCCUGGAAUAUCCCUUUUCGACUCUGUCACGGCGAGUGCGAAUGAUGCCGACAAUGUCCAAGCUAGCGCCUAUGAGUUUGAUGCUCCUGCAAAGCCAUCAACCCUCAUCCCCAAGGAGGAAGAGCCUGCCCCUAAGACCGUUAAAUCCAUUGCUCUAUCGCCAUGGAACCCCCCUCCCUACCACCUCAGACAGAAGGGCCACCUUCUAUACUUACUCAUCACCACGAAUGAGGGAGAGCAGUACCAGGUCACCUCUCAUGUUGGGGGCUUCUAUGUGAACAAGUCAUCAAAUAGCAAAUUUGACCCACUGCCGAGAGCUGCCCCCAAGGGUCACUCCGCGCACUCUUUACUGACUCUUCUAGGUCAAAUCUCGGCCUCGUUCUCUGCAUCCUUUGAUCAGUUAUUGCAGUAUAACAACCAAAAGGAUCCCCUUGCGACAUUCCAGAUGACCAACGCCAUCCCUGCAGCACCAUGGUUGGUUCCUUCGCAGUCUUCCCCGCUAUGUGCCCAUACCUCGGACAUCACGAGAACUCAGGAGGGCUAUCUGAUAGCAGGUGUCGAUAACACCGACACUUUGCGAGACUGGAACGAGGAAUUUCAAUCAGCACGGGAGUUGCCUAAGGAAACCGUCCAAGACCGCGUUUUCCGGGAGCGAUUCAUUUCGAAGCUCUUCGCUGACUACUCUGAUGCUGCUGCUAGGGGGGCCAUUUUAGUUGCCCGCGGGGAAGUCACUCCACUCAACCCCACAGAAGGCCGCGAUGCACAGAUCUUCGUCUAUAACAACGUCUUUUUCUCAUUCGGGGCUGAUGGUGUUGGAACUUUCACCUCGGAGGGUGGCGAUGAUGCUGCUAGGGUAGCCACUGGAAAAGAUGUCAAUGGCGUACGUUUAGUCAACCAACUCGACAUCGACGGACUAUAUAGCCCGGCAACUGUGGUGGUCGACUACCUUGGAAAACGAAUUGUUGGCCAAACGGUUGUACCUGGCAUCUUCAAACAAAGGGAGCCUGGUGAGAAUUCGAUCGAGUACGGUGCAGUAGAAGGCAAGGAUGUCGUUGCAGCUGACGAACGCUUUGCCGCUACCUUUGAAAAACUGUCAAAGGCACUGAAGGUCAAGAAGCAUCCCGUAUGGGACAAGGAUGGCAAACGUUACGAUUUGGAAGCCAGUGUUGAGACCAAAGGAUUGAUGGGAACAGACGGCCGAAAAUACGUACUUGAUCUCUACCGGAUCACGCCCCUAGACAUUUUAUGGUUGGAAGAAAACAAAGUGACCGAGGGGGAGAAAAAUGAAGCCGACUACCCUCAUCGUAUGACAGUCCUACGACCUGAGCUGGUGGAGUUAAUUCGAAACCAGAAGUGGACUGAAUGGGUGAACAAGGAGCUUACACGCUUAAAGAAGCAAUCUGACGCCAAAUCUUUAGAGGAGAAGACUGACAAAAAGGAGGAAUCUUCAUCUUCUGAGGAGAAGACAACGGAGGAAAAUGCUACCAAGGAAGAGGCUACGGAGGAAGAGGCCACUGAGGAGAAGGCCACUGAGGAAAAGACCGAGGACGUAGAGAAGCCCAAGGAGUCCGGCGAAGAGAGUGCUGAAGCGGAAGCCGAAGAGCGAAUUGACGCUUCCGAUUUCCAGUUUUCUCUCAACCCAGAUGUUUGCAGUGGCCAAGUCCCUCAGACAGAGGCUGAGAAGGAAGAAUUGGCAGCUGAUGAAGAGGACGUUCGAAAUGCCUGCAAACAUCUACGUGAGUCGGCAAUCCCUGAUUUCGUCAACGACAUCAAGGCUUCUGAUCUACCUUUCCCCAUGGAUGGCCAAUCCCUUACCAAGAUGAUGCACAAGCGCGGAAUCAACAUGCGAUAUCUUGGCACAAUUGUGUCGCUAUGCGAAGGACCUAGACUUUUGCGUCUACGGGACUUAUGCUUGCAGGAGACAAUUUCGAGGGCAUUCAAGCACGUUUCUAGCAAAUACCUGCGAUACUUGCCUAUCCCCCUUACCUCCGCCUGCAUUUCCCACCUUCUCAACUGUCUUCUCGGAUCCGAGUUCAACAAAAAUCCUACGGCUGAUAUUGAUGAGUCAAUGAAGGCUCUGUACCCCGAAGCCGACCUUGCUUUUGCAAAUGUCACACCAGAAACUCUUCGGCAAGAGAUCGAAGCUGAGGCAGUCCGUAGAUUCAAGGUAACGCUGGGCUCAGAUUGGUCCAGUCAGGUGAAGCACUUGCAACUCCUUCGCGAGAUAUCUUUGAAGCUUGGUUUCCAAUUACAAGCCAAGAACUUCCAGUUCACUAGCGAGCCCACCGCUUCUAGCACUGCAACAGCAACGAAUGGAGUUAAUGGCCACGUCAAUGGUGAAAACAAGAAGAAAAAGAAGAAGACAAGAGAUGGAUCCCCAUCUUCUGUUGCUUCUGUCGGCACACCGUGCACUUUCACUCCGGAUGAUGUCGUGAAUAUUGUUCCCAUCAUCAAGGACUCGGCACCGAAGAGUGCUAUCUCGGAAGAGGCAUUGGAAGGUGGUCGUCAUUCCAUCAUACAAAACAACAGGAAAAUCGGCCAGGAGCUAUUAUUGGAGAGCCUGACUCUCCACGAACAGAUCUACGGAAUUCUACACCCAGAAGUUGCGCGAGCCUAUUCAAGUCUAGCACAAAUCUAUUAUCAGCUGGAGGAGAAGGAGGCCGCUGUUGACUUGGCAAGAAAGGCCGUCAUAGUGUCAGAGCGAACCAUUGGUGUCGACUCUGCGGAGACGUUACUAUACUACCUCAACCUUGGGCUCUAUGUACAUGGAUCGGGCGACAGCAAGACAGCUCUUGCGUACGUCAAGCAUGCGCUUAAUUUGUGGAAGAUCAUCUACGGAUCCGAUCAUCCGGACUCUAUCACGACGCUAAACAAUGCGGCAGUCAUGCUACAGCAUAUGCAAGCUUACCACGAAUCCCGUAUCUGGUUCGAGCAGGCACUCGCUGUUUGCGAGCGCGUAAUGGGCAAGCAAUCUCUUCCCGCCGCCAGCCUCCUCUUCCAACUUGCUCAAGCGCUUGCCUUAGACAACGAAUCGAAGGCGGCCCUAGGCAAAAUGCGCGAGUGCUACAACAUAUUCCUGCAUCAGCUCGGCCCCGAUAACAACAAUACCAAGGAAGCCGAGACCUGGUUAGAGCAGCUGACACAGAAUGCCGUCGCCAUAGCUAAGCGAGACAAGGACGCUCAGGCGAGACGUCUACGAGCCGGAAUCCGGUUCCCACCUCGCCAUAUCGCACUCGGCGGCGGUAACGCAGCACAACCCACGGCCUUGAGCCGGCCUACUUCUGAUAAACCAGACGCCCGCAGUAUAGAUGACCUCAUCCAAUUCAUCGAGGGCAACAAUGCGCAGAAGAAGAGUACCAAGAAGCGCACUGGUCGAAGCGGGCCCAAGACCCGGGUAGGUGCCACUGCGGCGUAAGAGGCAUCAAGGCAACUCGAAUGAGGAUUACGAGAAAAGUGAGUUUUACACGAUGUGAACGCAAAUAGGGUCCAUAACUCGGGGGUACAGGGGAAUGGGAGAAGAAUGAAUGAAGAAUGAAAAAAGCCAACAAAUAAAUAAACGACUCUCCUCUGCAUCGCAUUUUCACGGGUUCGAGGCGUCUUCUAAGCAUGGGAGGAAAGGUUCGUCACGUUUCUCUCUCCCCCUCUCUCUUUGCGAGAGCGGGACUGGAUGGUCAGUGGUUGCAUAUGUAGAUGAUUCCCUUUGUUCUUUUGCUUAUUCUUCGGAGAAAAUAGCAAGUCGGGGAUCUUGCAUUGUACAUAUAUACACACAUGGGCAGGCAGCUGGGUAGGGAGAUAGGUAGGUUGGGUACGUACAUACCAUUCUUCUACUCUUCUUACACGGCUCUACGGCCGCGACGGUGAUGGAUGGAUGAAUGGGGAUGGGUAGCAAGCAAGUAAGCUCUGUGAUGUUCCUUAUGUUCCAAAAUCAGAAGACAGAGGGAAAAAACAAAAUACUCCAUUCCUGAACUCCUGAGUUCCUCCAUGAAGGGUGAAUGUAAUGUGUCAAUGAUCAUCACGUCAGGUUUCUCCUGAAGUGAACCUACCUAGGUACCUAAUGUACAGUAAUCAAGUCAGGCAAGCAAAUCACCAAUGUUUUCCGUUCUGAA